UUUUUGAAAAACGUCAAGUACACUUUCUAUGUUUUCAUUCUUGUAAAACACGACUUUUAAAGAUCUAUAGUGUACUAUUUCAAUGUAUUAGAAUAGUAACAUGUCAGAGAUUAAGGUGGUACCACUUGGGGCAGGGCAAGAUGUAGGGAGAAGUUGUAUUCUUUUGACAAUAGGGGGUAAGAAUAUCAUGUUUGACUGUGGCAUGCACAUGGGAUACAAUGAUGAUAGGAGGUUUCCUGAUUUUUCCUACAUUACUAAAAAUGAAGAAAUAGGUCGUCUGACAGAGUUCCUCGAUUGUGUUAUCAUAAGCCAUUUUCAUCUGGACCACUGUGGUGCUCUUCCAUACAUGUCUGAAAUGGUGGGGUUUGAUGGGCCUAUAUAUAUGACACAUCCUACAAAAGCAAUAUGUCCCAUAUUGUUGGAAGAUUAUAGAAAGAUCACAGUUGACAGAAAAGGAGAAACAAACUUUUUUACCUCAGAGAUGAUAAAGAAUUGUAUGAAGAAAACUGUAGCAGUGAAUCUCCAUGAAACUGUCCAAGUUGAUAAUGAACUGGAGAUCAAGGCCUAUUAUGCAGGUCAUGUGCUUGGUGCUGCAAUGUUUCAUGUCAAAGUAGGUGGUCAGUCAGCUGUCUAUACAGGAGAUUACAACAUGACCCCCGACAGACAUCUUGGUUCAGCAUGGAUAGACAAAUGUCGCCCUGAUCUGCUGAUUACAGAGUCAACAUAUGCGACAACCAUUCGAGAUUCAAAACGAUGUCGUGAGCGGGACUUUUUGAAGAAGGUUCACGAUUGUGUUGACAAGGGAGGAAAGGUGCUGAUACCAGUCUUUGCUCUUGGGAGAGCGCAAGAGCUUUGUAUAUUACUAGAAUCUUACUGGGACAGGAUGAAUCUCAAAGUGCCAAUAUAUUUCUCUCUGGGUCUCACAGAAAAGGCCAACAAUUACUACAAGAUGUUCAUAACAUGGACCAAUCAAAAGAUCAGGAAAACGUUUUUGAAGAGGAAUAUGUUUGAAUUCCAGUAUAUAAAGGCAUUCGACAGAAACUAUAUAGAUAAUCCUGGUCCAAUGGUAGUGUUUGCUACACCUGGUAUGCUACAUGCUGGCCUAUCUCUCCAGAUCUUCAAGAAGUGGGCUCCUUUUGAAAACAACAUGGUUAUUAUGCCAGGCUACUGUGUGGCAGGAACUGUUGGUCAUAAAAUAUUGAAUGGUGUCAGGAAACUUGAGCUUGAGAAUAAGAAAACUUUAGAUGUAAAGAUGUCAGUGCAGUAUAUGUCAUUCAGUGCCCAUGCUGAUGCUAAAGGAAUCAUGCAGUUGAUUAGACACUGUGAACCCAGAAAUGUCAUGCUUGUGCAUGGGGAGGCAGUCAAGAUGGAGUUUCUCAGAGCCAAGAUAAAGCAAGAAUUUGAUAUUGAAUGCUACAAGCCUGCCAAUGGAGAGACGGUUUCUAUAGCAACAAAACCCUGUAUAUCAGCUGACAUGUCAAUUUCACUUCUAAAAAAAGAAAUGGCUAAAACAGAUGGUGAUGAGCCAGAACCCAAGAAGGCCAAGCUAAUGCACGGUGCCAUCGUUAUGAAAGACAAUAAACUCCGCCUCAUAGAUCCCAGCGAGGCUAUGAAGGAAUUAGGCCUUCCAGAACACAAGAUACGUUUCACAUCAACUCUAGCAUUGGAAAAUGAAGGCACAGUGACGCAAACAAUAGAUAAGAUAUUUAAUCUAGUUAAAAAGAGGUUAAAGAGCGCUAGUGUACAACAUUCAACAGAUGGCAGUAUAACAAUAUCAGACUCUGUGUUGAUCAAGGUAUCAGGGGAUGAUGAGGAGUCUGAGAAAGAUGUGCUCUUAUCUUGGUCAUAUCAGGAUGAAGAACUUGGGAGCUAUCUACAGAGACUUUUGAAAGCUGGUUUACAUGUAGAUAGUUGAUACUAAUAUGAUGAUGAGGGUAUUAGUUAUGAAAUUGCCUCUGGUGAUGGAGAAAUGGCAUUCCCGUUCUUUUUAAUGUAGAAAAGUGGACACCUCUGUAUCGAAAGAGUGCAUAUUGCUUCAAAUUGGUUGGAAAUAGUGGGUAGGGGUGUGAUAGGAGUAGAUCCUGUUUGUUCUCUCUCAUUUUUACUCACUUUUUACCAAGUGGCCUGAUCACAAUUUUUUAUUUGUUCAUGCUCAAGCUGCAAGCAACAAACAAUAAACAAUGCUGGAGAUUCUGCCUGCUUUGAAAGUGUGAUUUAAACAUUUUACAUGGACAUUUAACAUGUGGCAGACUUGAACCAGGGUUCAAAGAAAUAAACUGAUUCAGAUCAAAAGCAGUCACUUUCUCCAUGUUUAGACCAGUGGAACAAGACUAAAGUGUCUUCAUGAUCAUAUUUACAGCUCAUACCUGAAAAUAUUUAUUUUCAUAGAAAUAAAUGAAACACUACAAA